CACUGAUCUCUGUAGGAGAGCAACAAAAUGUGAUCCAAAACUCGUGAUUUCUGCUUCGAACUAGAGAUCACAUCGCCAUUGGGUGAAAUCAACGUGAUCCGCAGUUCAUCCUUUAUGUCGUUGACCGAAACCAUACGUACGCCUAUGGGGUGAAAAUUGCAAAGCAGUCGCCCUUCACUUCGCCUUCAACAAUGGACGUAACCAAUUAAACGCGCUGUCGCUUAGCUCCAUCCAGUAUCAGUCCCACGUGCAGCUGCAGUGUGCGUCGGAGUGUUUCUUUACGUCCGUGCGUUCAUUUAUUGUUUAGACCGGGUCAUCGCGUGACGUCAAAAUUGCAAUCAGAUUCAAGUGUACAAAAUACAUGAGUAGUAUCAAAGAUCCUUGAAUUACAAUCCGCUUCUCUUUCAAAUAUACACUAAUAAAUCACCACACGAGGUCGUGGUACUCGAAGGGUCGCCGGGGCACAACGGAGACUCACACGCGGUAAGACCCAUCUUUUAGAAAUGUGUGGAAUCUGGGCUGUAUUCGGCUCCAACAAGGCUGCCAUCCAACAUGUUGGGGGUAGCUUUACUAAAAUUAGCCACCGAGGGCCAGAUGCGAUGAGAAUUGAAUCCAACAGUAUAAUUAAGAGUAGUCUGCUUGGGUUCCAUAGGCUUGCCAUCAUUGAUAGUCUCUAUGGAAUGCAACCUAUGCGCCUCCACAAAUACCCUCAUCUUAUUCUGUUGUGCAAUGGUGAAAUUUACAACUAUCAAGAGUUACAGGCGCAGGAUAAAUAUGAAUACGAGACCUCAUGCGACGUAGAGCCAAUCCUGCACUCUUAUCAAAUCCAUGGGGCAGAUACCACUGUUCGUUCCUUAGAUGGUGUUUUUGCAUUCUGCUUAUUGGAUACGGAAAAAAAAAAGAUACUAGUAGCCAGAGAUCCGUACGGUGUCAGACCACUGUUUAAAUUAUACAGUGACAGCGGGAUGCUUGCUCUGUGUUCUGAGAGUAAAGGUCUUAUGGGCUUGAUGGAAACGAUGAAUGGGGAUUCUGGAAAACUGGAGCCAUUUCUCCCCGGUCAUUACGAAGAGUACUCUAUUUUGGAAAAUGGGUCCGUUGAAUUAUCAAAAAGAGUACACUACCACAAGCCUGGCGAUAAGCCAAGUUUUCACGUGUAUGUGCCCUGGGAAAGACUAAGUUCACCUGAUGUUUCUGAAAAUAUCCGAAGUCUUCUACACGGCGCGAUUAAGAAACGUCUUAUAGCUGACAGACGAAUUGGUUGUUUAUUAUCUGGUGGCCUUGAUUCAAGUCUAGUGGCUGCGUUAGUGACCAAACUGGCAAAGGAAAAUAAUUUUCCAUACAAAAUUCAAACCUUUUCAAUUGGCAUGGGAGAGAGUCCAGAUGUUACAGCAGCCCGACAGGUCGCAAAUCAUAUUGGAUCCGCUCAUCAUGAAAUAAGCUUUACACAAGAGGACGUCGCCGAAGUUUUGGAUGAUGUUAUUUACCUGCUAGAAACAUGCGAUAUCACCACAGUCCGAGCUUCCAUAGGAAUGUAUCUGGUGUCAAGAUAUAUCAAGCAGAAUACCGACACGACGGUAUUGUUCAGUGGCGAGGGAGCAGACGAAGUAGCACAAGGUUACAUUUACUUUCGUGAAGCACCAAGUCCUAAAGACGCACACGACGAGUCCGCAAGGCUUUUGAACGAUAUAUAUUUGUACGACGGGCUACGAGCAGACAGAACUAUCAGUGGCCAUGGCCUUGAGUUGCGUGCACCAUUUUUAGACUUGCAAUUUACCAACUACUACCUGUCAUUAGAUGCUUCGACGAGGCAGCCGCAAGGUGGGGUUGAAAAAUAUUUGCUGCGGACGGCUUUUGACAACAUGAACUUGUUACCCAAAAAUAUUCUAUGGCGACACAAGGAAGCCUUUAGCGACGGUGUAGCUUCCAUAAAAAAAUCACUGUUCCAAGUCAUCCAAGAAAUUGUUGAAAAACGUGUAACAGACAACGAACUUGAGGAAGCAAAAGUUAUAUACCCCCACUGUACCCCAAAAACGAAAGAAGCUCUUUAUUACAGGAAGGUAUUCGAGACCCACUACAAAGGACAAGCAGAAAAGUUUGUUCCAUAUUUCUGGAUGCCCCGAUGGGUGCAAGGAGUUACUGAUCCUUCAGCUAGGUUUAUACCUCACUAUGCGGCAGAUGAGUAAAGGCAAUAAAUAGCACACGUCUCUGGGGAAAAAUA